UCCCGCCGCCACAGCAGGCACGUGGGCAUUUCGAGCAGCCUCCUUACUCCAUGCUGCCUGGUCACCCAUUUGGCGUGUUUCCUGCCAUGUUUCCGUCCAUGCCGGGGAACAUUGCUCCGGGCAUGGCUCCAGGGACCCCGGCUUUUCCUAUGAUGCCAUGGCCCAUGGCAAUGAAUGUACAUGGCGCUUACCCUUAUGCUAUGCCUCCACCUCCUCAACAAGACGAUAGCCGGGGCGAGAGAAGGACUGAAAACCAAGCAGACACUGGCUCAGUUUAUCCCCAGCCACCACGGUGUCCUCCAGCGGACAACUAUCCCCGGCCAGUUUAUUGCAAUGGACAGUGGCUCAUGCCAACAGGUGGUUCCUCGUUCUCCUAUCCCAUGACACCAGGUCCGGGUUACCCCAACGCACCCUAUGGCGUACCCAUGGUGUAUCCGCCCGGGAUGCACAUGCCACCGACAAAUCGUCCUGCUGGGACGAAAACCGCAUCGUCAGAUGAGCCAGGCGUGGACCUAUCUUCUACAGCUCUCCGUGGUCUCGGUUUGGGAGCACAGACUCAUCCUCCCAGGUCGUCCAUUCGGCCUAGUGAAAUCACGAAGCGGCACCUUGACAUCCUACGCUCACGUCUCAAGUACCUCGAAGAUCAACUGAACUUCAACAAACAUCAAAUUGAUGAGAAGGCGGUGGAGGCUGAUGCCCGAACGGUUCGUCAGUAUAUUGACCAGUUCAAAACCAACCUCGAGAUACAGCUCUCCGUCGAAGAUGAUCGUUACCCGCCGCCAGCGAGCAAGAGUGAUGGUAGACCACGGAGUCCCUCACAAGGCUCACAUGGCAAGUCCUCUGCCAGAUUGCCUAGAACGAGUGACAAGCAAGCACGACGUGACAAUCGACGCUCUUCAGACAGUGAUCCUAAGCCUGGUGUUUCUACAACUCGGUUUGGAACAGGUAUCAACUCGACCAAGUCCACUUCGGCGUUUGCUGGCUGGCAAGCGCCUGUUAACUCUCCUGCUGGUAGUCUUGAGCACUUCAAUGACAAGGCGUCUCUUCCUGUCACAGCGGCGAUGGCGGCCCCUUUUCAGCCACGUGUUGAUGCACCGCUCAUGGCAACAAAAUCCUCGACAGCAGCUACUCCCUACCUUCGAGGCCGAGUCCCUGAAGGUGUCGAUCCCUCGUCGGUAAGGGACACUGAUUAUGUGUAUGACCGUGCUUUAUCCUCAGAUGAACUCCGGGCUCGCCACAUGUACUGGGGCAAGGCUCCCGCCGAGCUGCAGCAGAGCUUGCCCAAGUUCAAUGGGAAGGACUUUUUUCGGACCUCACCAGGCAGAGAGGAUGCGAAGCCUGUCGUAUCCAGUGAUCCAUUCGAGGGCCUGAGCCAGACUGCGACUGUACUGACACGCAAUGGACCAGGAUUCUCAACUCAAUCAGAGUCGCUCCCUCGUCCAGGGCAAGGGUCGUCCGAGGAUCACGAGGAGCUCACCGUGACCACGAAUCGCACCAACGCAAACUCAACGCGCAUCGGUCGUAGCAUGGAUGAGCUGAACCGAGGUUCGCAUGACACCCCUCCAACUUCGUCUGGCAGUGUGCGAGAAAAGUCUUCUUCUGAAGAGACCAAUGAUGACGACCGCGAGAUUCUGUAUACCGGUCGCAAAAACAUGAUGAAAAUUGGCCAGCGGCUGCUGCCGAAUGUGCUCAAGAGCUCGACAGGCUCAAGUGCAUCCAUUUCUUCGACCACUGCACAGGGCGUGUUGCCGAACUACUCCGGGCACGCCACAGCAUCGCUCACACCAUCCAUCACAAACAAAAUGUUUUCAAACCUUCGCAACACUAGUAAGAUCGGCCUGGACGAAGCAAGACUGGCUGGCGUGACCACCACAAAGAGCGGCGAGAACUGCCCGCCUAGCGUCAACGUCGACGAUAUUUUCUGAGGAGGACCGACAAAUUGACUGAGUAUGACCAGGACACAUUGUGCAUCAAUAUUUGCUGCGAUCGUUUCCAACCCGAGGAGUGCUUUUCUUAUCCAUGGCUUUGGACGGUAUUAUUCAUGGUCUGUAUCACUCAACGACUGCAGACAAUAUGCAUGGCUAUUACACUUAUCAGCUUGCAUCGAGGGGCGACAAGGCACAAGGACGGCGUAUCUCUGCGAGUUGCUACGAGGCCUGUCGACAAGAAGAGGAU